AUGCUUGAUGGUUCAAUUCACGAAGCAGAAGCUGCUCAGGAUAACAUGGAGCCUGGAGCCCAGCAUGAUUCACAAGAUGACAGUGAAUCUGAAGCCAAUCGACCAGCAAGACAAUCUCAACGGUUACAGAGACCACCCAUGAGACUUACUUAUGACCAAUUGGUGCUCCUUCAUCAUAUGCAUGGUCACUGCAGAGCCAGUCCAUUGAACACCGGUAACACGUGGAAAACAGUUAUAUUUUCUGAUGAAACCAAAAUCAUGUUAGGGACAGACCGUAAAGUUUAUGUCUGGAGAAAGGCAGAUGAAAAAUGGAGACCGGAGUGCCUUGAAUUACGUUCAGUCCGUAAUGAUGGAGUCCGCCUGUUUGGUUCUGACUUACAAAAAAGUCAGAAGUCUGCAUUCAUAUAUAGUAAGGGGGAAAUAAGCGCACAAACAGACAAAAACGCGUGUUCACACAAGGAUGGUACCUUGAUAUGCUGUUCUGGUUUUUAUUUGUUUAAUGGGAGUUGUAUUGAAUGUUUCGGAGCAUAUGGAGAAAACUGCAACACGCCAUGUAGAGAGAAUUUCUACGGCUACAGAUGUAAAGAAACUUGUUUCUGUACAAAGUACCAAGUUUGCAAUAAAUACUUGGGAUGUCAACAGAAUGCAAUCAAUGUACAUGAUGUAGAAGAAAGGGAAUGCAGCGGUGACAGAGUUGUUCUGGUUCUAGUGAUUGGACUUGGAUCCGUUACUCUGUCAGCUUCUCUGGUCUUUGUUGGUAUUAUGUUUUGUAAAUGGCGGAUACAUUUGCAGAGAAGAUUUAAAAUCGGUGAAGAUAACACAAGGGGGUUUCGAGUGAACUUGCUCUCAUUUCCUGGUAAACAAGAAAUAUUUUCCGAAACCUACAUGUACAUGUACGACGAUGUCCAGGAAUCCAAAAUUAUCCUUGAUGGCAAGAAAAACGAAGAACGUGAGACCGGAGAAUACAGAAUAAAUUCUACAGAGUACAAUCAGUUGUUCAACAACCAGAGUAUAUCAAAGAAGAAACCGAAUCAUGAAGAAGGCAAAGAAUACGACUCUGUUGACGCACGUUUUCAAAGAGACAGUGUUCUAGUCACCCUGUCCGAGUUUCCUGGUGACGAUUGUUACAUCAGUAUUUCCCAGAAUGGCAAACGUCUACGAAGAAUAUCAAAGUCCUGCUCUGAUUUAAAAGCGGUCACUUCUAAACCAUAUAACGAUAUCUUUAGCAACUAUUACGAUGGCUUUAUUCAAAAUAUGUCAGAGAAAGCUGCUCUAAAUGAGCAUUUAUAGCAAACACUUCAGUAAGAGAUUUUAUGGCAGAAAGAAGAAUUUUAGAGCAAAUCAGUAUGUACAUUUUUAAUAUAACAUUAAAGAGACAGUGCAGCUGCAAAAUACAUCUUUAAAAAUAAUGUAAAAAGUUGAUGUCGACAGUUUUAGAAACAUGAAUAUCCUCGUCUCAUACCCAAUUCACAUAAUAAGAAUCUUCCGGGAAUCCAAGGGUCGUACUUGUAAACAAUCUCGAAUCUUUUAAUUUGACACGUGCCUAAACUACAGAACUAGAGUGUACAAUUAUAUCGGAAUAUGAGGUAAGAGCAAUUCUCAAAAGCCAAAUAUCAUUACUUGUCCGAUAAAUUAUUAACCGUGUAAUUUUUAGUCUGCUUUCAGACGCAUUUUAAAAAAAUUAAAAUUCUCGAAUGGGACGUCGGCAGGGGAUGCUCACUCCUCAAUGGCACCUGAUCCCACCUCUAAUGUUUGGAGGUCCGUGUUUGCUCUGCUCCUAUUUUGUAUUGUUUAAUGGACUUUUGAGCGUGAAUACUGUUCGUUAUCUCCAUAUAUUUUACGUAAAACAACAUACA